GAUCAGCCACGGGUCGUCGGUGCUGUACACCGCCACCCACCACCGGGUCUUCAUCCGCCAGGUGACGGUGGUGGUCCCCAAGACUUGGUCAGGGGGGCCAUGCCCCCGACCUGUCAUGACCGCUCCCCACCCCCCUCAGGAGGCCGCCAUCAGUGUGGGCGCCCCCCAUCCUGUGUAUGGCCACGCCCCCUGGACUCUGCAGGUUGGAGGUUGCGGUGCUCCUGGCAAGCGCAUCUACUUCACGCCGGACUUCCUGGACCACCGCAACCACUCGGCCGUGUUCUCGGACCGUCUGUUCGCACAAGAGUGGGCCAAGUACCGCUGGGGCGUGUUCGAGGAGUACGGCCACGCGGACGACCCGCUGUACCCGUCGUACCAUCGUACUGACACCCGUACUCACGUACCCACGGGCUGUUCCAACGUACCAGUUGUCGGCAUACCAUCGUCGUGUGAUCCGUACCACCAGGCAUGCCACUUCCACCCGCAGCCUCUGCGUAACAUUAAAGUGACAUCGUCUCUGUUGUUCCUGCACCAUCUGCCCAACGUCAACCAGUUCUGUGAUGAGACCACGCACGACUCAACCGCCCCAACCAAACACAACGCGCUCUGUGGUGGCCGUAGUGCUUGGCAAGUCAUGAGUCAGCACAACGACUUCAAACAUGGACCCGUGGGCGCCGGUCCAGUGCGCAAUACGCAGCCGCUCUUCAACUACAUCCGCCCCGCCGCUCACCGCUACGUCAUCGUCGUCGAGGACACCGCUGUCAUGAACGCCCAGAAACGCUGGGAUCUUCUUCGCAAGGCUGUUCGCCGCAUGUUGGUGUACGACAUCCCGCCAGGGGAGAAGGUGGGCGUGGUUAUCUUCGACUCUACGGCGAGCACGACGCUGCCGCUCAUUCAGGUGCCAGACGCGCUCGAGGACCGCCAGCGGUUAGCCACUGUUUCGCUGCCCCGGACGCCGUCCCAAGUUAUCGAACGGAGCAAGUGUAUCCUCUGCGGACUGGAGAAGGCUGUCGAAAUGCUCGAGAAAGACGGUGGCUCCGCAGCUGGCGGAGUAAUCUUCCUGAUCUCGUCUGGGUCGCCCUUCCCGUUGUCGUCGUACGACUUGGAGCUCCUACGUGACCUGGUGGUGCCACGACACGUGCAGGUCGUGCCCGUGCUCUACCCUAUGACCGUGCGCUCCCCCACCCCCACCUCCGGCGUCGAGCAGCUCGCUAAGAUCACCGGUACGCAAUGGUACGCCGUGGCAGACGAGGGUAUCGGCUACGACAGCAAGGUCUCCAUGAUGGUGGCGCUGAUGCGCGCCCUCUACAGCGCCCUCAGGAUGUUCCUGCCUAACGCCGACACGUUGCCCUUACUCGUCCACCAGCAGGAGUUCCCAGGUGGCAUCGGUAGCGUGUCUCAGGGGCAGUUCGUCUUGGACGGAACACUGGGCGGGGAAAUGCGCUUCUCGAUAACUUAUUACGAUCUUGGCCACGUGGGCAACAUGAUCGUCUUGAUUGAUCCUCUCGGCCAGAACGUGGAUACACUUAACCUGCAAGAAGAAGAUGGAGACGUUAACAUGAUCUUCGUGACGGUCAAAAACGCUAUGCCCGGUAGGUGGCGCUAUAAAGUAGAGAACCGCGCGGACAGCCACCAGAGCCUCUACAUCCACGUCGUGGCUACCCCCGCGUCUAACUCAUCCAGCCUCACCAGCACCCCGUCCAUCUCCGGCGGCCAGUACACCAACAGUCCCACGGCCAUCACUCUAGAGGCCUGGACCUCCGAGACCAUCGUGUCCUCCAACACGUCCAUCACAUCAGGGCCUGUCGUCAUCUAUGGCAAGGUAUGGUCUGGGCGUGGUCCGGUGGUAGGGGCGCAGGUGGAAGCGAUGGUGCAGAGACUUGGUAUGAACAGCACCGGCAGCGCCUUCCAGCCUCUCGUCUUCACCCUGCACGACAACGGCGCUUGCGCGGACAUCACCGCCAACGACGGGGUGUACUCGCGCUACCUGCCGGUGCUGGCGACGGGCCGCUACACGGUGCGUGUGAAGGCGACGGAUCACAGCGGCCGCGCCGCUCUCGUCGUCCAGGACCCCGCAGCGCUCAGCCCUCGUCUCCUGAGUGGACACUUCGUCUCUUCGGGCCGCCGAGGACGCGCUGUUCCCAGCGACCAGGAAGGCCCGUAUUGCUGCGGGUCGCGAAUGCCCUACACCAGAACCCAGGACGCGGGGAUGAUCGCACGGGAAGACAUCGUGGGGGUGGUGGACGUCCUAGAGGAGAUGAGUCCCUACCCUCCCUCGAGGGUGACGGACCUCAGGGUGAUAGUCAACCCUGCCGCCAUGCAGGUCACUCUUCACUGGACCGCCCCUGGCAAUCAACUGGAUCAUGGCAAAGCCUCUCACUACGAGCUUGUGUUUGGUCGAAACCCUCUGGAGGUGGCCAGCGGCAAAGGCACUCGAAAAACUGACGUCGCAGUCACGGAAGCUGCAAGCAAGCAUACGGAGUACAGUAUGAAGCCCUGGCACCAUCACGGUGCCAUUUACUACAUUGUGAUACGGGCCGUAAGCCACGUGGGACUUCCUGCACCUUGGAGCCCUAUGGCAAGUUUCUUCGUUCCUUCACCAGCUACGACAACUGAAAUUAACACGCGUGGAUCAACUCAGGCCGGGGCCACUGGAGGCUCAGUUGGAAACUUGGAGGCCCCAAGACGGGAGUUGUUGUCCACGCGAGACUUGUUGGCUAUCGUAGGGGCAGCUUGUGGCUUUCUGCUGAUCGUGCUUGUUUUGUCUGUUUAUUACGUGGUGAUCGUGACGAGAAGGCGGAGGCGCCAGCAGGAGAAAAUUCCAAAAUCUGAUUCAAUGAGUCCUCCUGAACCCGAGAGCGAAACUGACUCCAUCAACAAGCCGACUGAUAAAGAUCUGGUGAUGACCGAAACUUUGAAAGAGCCUCGCCCGCUGAGCCCAGUGCAGUCCUGGCCUGCGUCUAAACUUCUCAACGAACACGAACGUCGGCGCCCAAUUGACGGCCAGAGCAGCGGACCAGUUGAAGGAAUGCACUUACCCCCUGACCUUGGAGUGCCUGCCAACCCACACCCCUUCCUUUACCAUACCAUGAACGGCAGAUACAUCGAAGAUAACAUUCCAUUUGAUGGCGGCUCACUUAUAUCCACACAACCAUCCGACUCAAUGCUCGUCUACCGCCUCGACACUGGAGCCACUGAAACCGCCCGACCUGCCGCCUCAGGUGUCUGGAAUCCCCACCACGUCAUGCAUUCCCCCUCACAGCAGCAGCAACAGAUGGUUCCUCCACAGGACCAUCACGAACUCCAUCAGCAGCAAAUUCCGCAGGAACAUUCCGCGACGACACUGCCGCAUGACCGACGACGGCGUAACGUGACGCAGGUCUAAGAGAAUUUUCGAUGAUAUUCUGAAGUGAUUUAUUUAUUUUCAUGACCGAGAUAGGAGUGCUUAUGUAUUUUAUUUUGAUUCCAGUUAAUUAGCUAUUGACUUCAAAGAAGUUGAGUGUCUGCCGCACUCGCCUAAAUCAUCGCACUUUUACGACUUUUUUCAGCGGAAACUUGGAGUCUGGAGUCGUAAGAUAUUCUUCCUUCAAUGUAGUCUUUGCGACUUAUUCGGUGUUACUUACUGUAUAGCGAUCUAUCCGUUUACAAAAAGCAGACGCAUUAGCUUCAACGGCUCCGUUUAGUGAUAUUCGAAACUUGAUUUAAUCCGGGAUUUGAAAUUUUGGAACAGGAUAUUCGUGACAAGAAAAUGUAUGUCACCUGACUCCUGAGUUGGAAGUGGGACUUGAUUCUAAACUAAUAACUGUGAUGAUUGUAGAGAAAAUUAGUUUCCUCUAUUAGUGUAAUUUAUACUCGUAACUAAUCAGGUGUUGAUUGCUAUUAUCGUUCAUACAUGGACAAUCAUUUUAGCAGCGUUUCUACAGCAAUCUCUCCAAUGGCUGGCUGGAAAUAUUUCAGGCUUACGAAGGAGGUGUAAUGAAUGAGGCUGCCGUAUAGUGCAAAGUCCAUGUAGAGUCCUCUUUUCAAGAGGAAACUCUUCAGUGAAAUGUGCCUAAACAUGUCCUAUCGAUACUUCUCAUAUAGAUACUAUUUACGACCGAGUGAUCUCUCUUAACUCUACUUUUACACUACCGUUGUUCGCGGCGUCAAGUUUUCGUAUAAGAACAUGCAAAUGAGGCUUCGUUGCGAGCUUUGUCGUAUUUAGAGUGACGAUUAGAGCUUGAGAUGACAGCAUGAUUAUUUGUGUUCUGACGAUACUCAUAACGAUGUAGAAUAUUCUGCGAAUAAUCAUUGAUAUUCUGCGUAUGAAGUUUUUGUUUGCGGCUUGGUGAGAUUUCUCGGAAAGUUGAACGCAGCGCUAAAAUCAUUUAAAUUGUUCAUUUUAUAUUGUUUGUUAUAUAUUUUUAAUUAAUGCCGCGAUCAGUGCAGGAAUUUUAUUUAACAUUAUCACGUCAUCAAUGAUUGGUACAACCAAUGUGUCUGGAAAAUUGUGAAUUGCUUCAUUCAUCUAUCAGUCAAAUUCCAGGUGAUGCUCAGUAAUUGCAGGAAUGGAAGCCAAAUUUUAAUUAUAAUUUUCGCAAAAUGAACUUCCUCUUGAAUAAUUUGCCAGUGAGCAGCCAUGAUUACAUUCAUUAAAGUUUUAGUAUUUUUGCCCUGGGUUGAAGAAAGUUUUAUCAUCCAAAUUAUUUUAUGCCUAUCCCGAUAAUUAGCGCUCGAUUUCUGUUUUCUGGUUGAUCAUGCAGGUGCGAUUCAUUAUUCAUGUGAGAAAGGUGAGCAACGCUACCUGUUCGUAUAACUUCGCUCUUUAUGUCGCUGUCCAAUACGUUAUAAAUUCUUAAGAAAGAUACCUAUUCAAUUAGUAUCUGGAGUCUUCGUGUAACUCGUGUGGUCUUCUGCGUAGGAAAAAUUGCAAUCAAGAUCCAUCGCAAUGCGACUAAAAAUUUAAAUUGCAAAGCACUUGUAUUUUUGCGGUAUAACUGUCGCAUUAUUUGUUGAUAGGACGCAAUUGUUUAACUUUUAUGCGCAGUGGUUCAAAUAAUACGUUUUAUACUAAAUUGAAAAUAAGUUAUCAUAUUUUAUUAUUAAUUUUUAUUUAAGUUUUUACGCAGUCUGGUGGUUUGCGUCAUAUAUUAUUUAAUGAACUAUUUCCUGGUUAUUUAUUUUUAGUCGUUCUUGGUAUCAAAACUUGAGAUUGUGUUUCUCUUCAAUAAAAUAAUUUGCUAAUGGUCGCAAGAAAUGCUUCGAAAUAAAUAAACUUCAUCUCUGAUAAAGCUCAUGCUAGAUCGUCAGGCGCAGGGGUGUGCAAAUCGCCAGUUUCAAGACCUUACACGAGUCUCUUUAAAUUAGAAGGCUUAAUAAGAACUGACCAACCAUCAUUAAAAUUAGACUACAGCUUCAUUAAACUUUUAUUUGUGUUUGUUGCUUUUUCAGCGAUUUAAUAUAUUAUUUCUACAGCAUUCCUGCCAUACUGUUAUCUUUCUCUGUUCGGCCAGUAAAUUCAAACUUUAUGCCCAUUUCUUGAAGAUUUCAGUGUAAAAAGAAACUAAGUCAGAGAAAGUUUAUGUACUGUUCUAGUAUCUCAGGGUGAUUACAUUCUCGUGUAUCCACCUCAGCAGCUAUCAGGUGAUCACUGCUAUCUCUACCGAACGAUCCCUCCGUUGACUUUGAUUGUGUAAUGGGAACGACAUACAGUUUUGUCCGCAGGCAGCGUGAGUAUCACCGUAGAUUAAGCUCCCAAAUUUCGGUGCGAUAUACAAACAUGAAUGAAUUCAGAAAUUUGUUAUCACAUCCAUUUUUGACAUCAUUUCCACAAUCUUUGUUCGAGAGUACAAUAGAUGGCCGAAGAAAUUGUUACAAAUCUGUGACCGGGCUGCAUACGUACAUCUGAUGGAGGAAGUACGUCAUAAAUAAGGUUUUAAAUACGUGCAAUGUAUUGUUGAUGUGUCACUGGAACGGAAUCUUGGUGUCAUUCUUGUGUAAGGUUCAUCUCAAUAAUUGUGGAUGUUAGAGGAUAGUUUGAUCGAAUUGUAUUGAUUCAUGCAAUCUCACUGUAAAAUACGCAUCCGCUGCACAAUAAUUGUUAUCGUAUGCUUAGUUAUGUACAAACUUGUAAAACAUUUCUCACUUAAUCUUUGUAUGCAAAAUACUAGGGAAUAAUCAUAAUUAAAAUUUAUAUAUUUUACAUAAGAUUGUAAUUUCUCAUGAAUAUAAAUGUGACUAAGUUUAACCUCUGCGCACUUAAAUUUGUAUCGUCAAUUUGUGUGGGAAUCCUCGUGCAGAUCUUGCGAGACGCGUCUCUAGCUAAACAAAUAUCAUAUUAUCUGCCCUGAAAUCUUAUUAAAAAUGUAAUCCUCAACUGCGAGAUUUCAUGUUAAUACAUUGUUUUCAAGCUCUCCAGUGUAGAGCUCCCUGAUAACUCCGUAAUUUGAUGUUAAGUUGUUGUGUAAGCAAGAUUUCCGCACUUAUCUUCUGUCACAUGUGCGGAGGGCCGGCGUUUCGUGUAAGCGACCGCUAUUAUAUGAGUGUCUUUGUUUUUGUUGUUCGCAUUCUUUUCGUCUUCGUUAUUCGUUCCGCCGAGGUGCUAACGUCGCACCUUUCCGGCCAUUUGAGACGUUCCGCCCCACGCGACUGAUGAACUAAUUGUCUUUGAUUUAAAAAUGUUUCUUUACUCGGAAUCUUGAAUGUUGUUGGUGAUGUUGAUUUUGUGACGCUUCACGAAGAAAAUUCUUGGCUGAGUGAACCGUGUGCCCAUAAAGCUGUCACUACUACAAUUGAAUAAGAAAUCUCGAUUGUUUUAUAUUGAAAGUCAGAGGUCUGAAUGUCUAAGGACUGAACUCCAGCCAUAAUAUUCCAUAUUCUUUUUAAAUAGCUGUAUUCAACUAGUCCCGAGCCAUUCUGUAUCGUCAUUCCAUCUGUGUAGGUUCCUUGAAGUGAAUUUAAGUAAGCCAACUACCACCCUUUGGAAUUACCUUUAACCGAUAUGCUCUCUAUUUUCUUUAAUAUUGAAAUUUUAAAUAAAUAUAUCCGUUUGCUUUCAGCACAUCUUACGACGUCUUGUUAUGCUUGAGAUCGUUGUAAGAUGAAGCGCUUCUCAUCAUAUCGUCGGCGAACUUUAAUUUUGUUUUACUUCGUCUAUUAGCACCUUUAUCUUCUGAGCAAUAUUCUAAAGUGUCAUUUUAAGGAAUCGAACCCGUAAUUUCAAAUGUCCCGUGUACGUUAGAUUAUACAUUCUAGAUUCUGAUGUUUUCACUGUGACCGAUUUCCCUGGAAGAGCGAACAACCGAAAAGUGAGCAAGCAACAGGGAAUGAUAGUAAUUAUGUUUAAUGAUCCUCUAAUCGUCAUAUAAGAGGUGUGUUGACUAUGGAUGCUCUUUAGUUAACUAAUCAAAAAUCCAAAGUUAUAAACGUAUUUUAUUAUUCAUGUAAAGUAUGUCUCAUGCUGCGCCAACAAUUUUUUCAAGAGUUUCAGCUAUUGAUAAACUUUACAAAUAUUUUUUACCUUUUAUUUGCAAUUAAACAUGCCAAGUGACUCGAACACUUGAAUUUAUUCCUGAUAAGUUGUAUAGUAUUUUUAUACUUUAAUUUCUAGUCAUGUCUGAUGCUUCAUUUUCUGUACAUAUUUGGCAUUAAAUAGCCGGUGUUUC